AUGUAUAGUUUCGAAGUAACCGAAAUCGGUCGCGAAUCGGUUAAAUCCGUUAACGCAUCGAUGUUGGCAACACUUAUAAAAGAUCUAGAUAAAUUAGAAUUUUCACGUAAAAAAAAUAAAAAAAAUGGCGACGACGAAGGUUUCGAAUCCGAUGGUAACGAAGAUGAUUCCCUAUCCGGUGAUUUAUCUAACGAAGAUGCUCAAAGUACUACAUCAUCUUGUUGCAUGGUCGAAGAUCACGUUUUUAAAUCCCUUAAAUCCGAAUUCAUUUCUCGAAAUUUAUUUAAUAAUAAUAAUAAUAAAGAUCCAACUUCUCUGGUUUCCAUAAUAGGAAGCAUUGAUAGUGCAAACAGCAGCGGAAGUUCGGAUACCGAUGAAAUUGAAUUUCAUUCUCUCACACCGUCACCCGUCGUCACUCAAACGAAAAAAUCAUUGCAAAAAAAAUUCGAUACAAUAUUUAAAUCUCCCGGGGAUUUCGAUAAAAAAUCAACCAAAAUGGAAGAGUAUCCAAUAUCCGACGUUAUUUUUUGUCACACCGAACCCAAAUAUCCGAACGUGAUUGCUUGGGUUAUAAAAAAAAAUACGACGUCGGAUCCGGGAUUCAAAUCGGGGGUUGGAGAUAAUUUUACCAAAAUCGAUAAUUGUCUCGAAGUCAUCGUCGUCAAAUGUAAAAACGGUGACAAUUUAAAAGAAUUAUGUUCGAAUUAUCUCGAAUAUAGUAAAAGAACAAAAUUAGACAAUUAUAAAUCGAUAAAACGAAAAUCAGAUGCGGAAGGGAAAAAAUUAAUAAAUCUAAAUCCGUUGCCCCCCGAAUCCAAAGAUGUUAAAGUUUCCCUAUCCGACAUGAAAAUAGAAAAUUCAGGUUUGAUAAAAGCAUCCGAAUUAUCGAUAUUAAAUCCAAAAAUAAUGACGAGUUUUAAAAACGAUAUAAAAAAUUCAAUUUCGUUAAAUUCUUUAAUAAAAUCCGAUAAAAAUCUCUCGAAUAAAACAACGAUAGAAAUCAAACCGUCAUCGAAUAACAACAGCAACGUCACGACAGCAUCCCUUCAAUCAUCCGUAACGAAAACUCAAAGUUUGGUAAACAUAUCCAAAAGUUGGGAAUACGAAACGUCAAAUUCAAUAAUGAAAACGGCGGGAAUACUAAAAGAAAAAAAUUACAACGUCGGAGAUCAAUUUAAUCUCGUGCAAAGAACUGAUCCUAACGGCGUGACGCAUUUGGAAGUGACGAAAACGGUUGAACAAACGAAACAAGUACCGGAAAAAAAAUUUGCAAACAAAUCCAAAUUGAGAAAAGAAAUAGAAGGUGUCAUAAUAACGGAUGUCGAAAGUUAUUGUAAAAAAGAACAAAUAAGACAAAGAUAUGGUGAAAAAGAUAAAAAAAUUUACGAUUUUCCACCACCGAUAAGGCCGGAAAGGAAAAAACUUGGUAGGAAAAAAAAUCAAGCUCCGUCACCACCGACAAAUCAUCAUCAUCAUCAUCAUAAUCUCGAUCAGAAAAUAACGACAGGAAAUGUAAAAAAUAAUUUUUAUUUGUCACCGACCACGACGACGACGACGUCACCACAACCACCACAACCGCAAAAUGUCGUCGUCGUAGUUGGUGAUAAUCGUAUUAAAAAAGAACCAAAUUUAGGUAAGAGUCCUUUGAUAGAUGUCAAAACGUGGCAGAAUCAAAAUUCUAUAAGGGAUGCUAAUAAUAAAACGGGUUCGAGAGGAAGACAGCAGACGACGACGACAAAACAUGAUGAAAAAUACGUCGAUAAAAAAAGAUCGACGAGCGCUGCAGGUAGACCCACGAAAAAAACCCUCAUGCCUUAUCGAUAUAUAUACAUAUCGAACGAUUAUCGAGAAUCGGCCGAAUCGAUAAAACGUUGCGGUUUACAAUCGAAAAUUCGAGAAGUCGGUGGUAAUUUACAUAAUUCCCUACAAAAUUUCAGACGUAGAAAUAGUUUUGACGACAUCAUGUCUUACAAUAACAACAACAACAACAACAAUUGUAAUAAAAUAUCAAAUCUAAAAUCCGUUAUUAAAAAAAAUAAAAAAUAUUGCGAACCUAAAAAAGUUACGUUUAGUGCUUUUGCUACCGUUCAAGUAGUCGACUGA